CGACYCRGAUCUCUCUCCGGUAUUCCCUCCGAUACGAUACAUCCACUGCCUCGCCUAGACCAACAGACACCACMACGUUUGCACCGCCCCGGCUACAAGAGUUCGGACCACAACAUGACUCGCCACCGGUGUUACACCCGGAUGCCGGUGUUUUGGAUCGCCUUGUCGUGGAUUUCUCUACAGCAGCGCGUUCCUUUCAYUCGUGCCUUCCGGCCGUCGAGAACAACUGGAAGYGCGGGGUUGCCGCUCGUUACGGAMACGCGAGCGCCAUACUCGCCGGCAACAAGAAAAGCACCGGCACCUUCCACAACACGAACUGUAUCCACGCGUACGCGUACGAGAACUUGUGCGAGAACUUGUGCGAGCACCCGYCGCUCGUCCCCGUCGCUGCUGGCCGCAACCAACAACGUCUACGGGAAGGGSGCAGAUAUCUGGCCMGAACCGAGCAACGAUGUCAUCGAUCUCUCGCAGUCCUUCCCCAACGGCAUCGUCCCUUAUUCUGCCGUCAUUGCCAUCGAACAGGACGACAUGGAAGCCAUGCGACAGCAGGCCCGGUCGCCGGAYGACAAGGAGGGCAGCAGCGCYGCCGGGCAUCGCACCCGCACCAGACACUACAUCCGGCGAAUCCUGAGAAUGGCGGCUUCCAAGGAGGAACUCGAGAACGAGGGCGAACACGCGGKGUCGAUGGGCAGGCUCCCCAUCGCCGUYGGCCUUUCCCUGCUCCUGGGGGGCCUCGUGCGCCCCAUGGACGUGGCCCUGGUAGCCUGCUGGACGGCCUACCUGACCAUCCUGAACAUGACGGCGCAAUCGCCCAGGGACCUCGGGGGAGCCCCCGUGCUCCCGGCCGUUCCUCCCCAGGGCCACGUGCCCUCCGUGCUCUCGAACCCGAUGGGCGUCCGCUUCGGCGAGAGCGCCCUCUACCGGCGGUGGCUGGCCCUGGGGGCUUGGCUCGGCCUCCUCGGUCCGAUCGCCUGGCUGCUGGUGGCGACCGCCGUCCUCCCCUCUCUGGGGCCGGGCAGAGCGGGGGUCGGCCUCGGGGACGCCCGGGCCGUAGCGAGGCCCCUGUUUUUGCUGUGCUGCCAGGCGACGACGGAGGCCGUGGCGAAGCGAAACCUGGUAAGCGACGCRACGCGACGCAACGCAGGAAACCGAGCAAGCCUCUGGCACGGCGGGGCGAGACGCCCGGRCAAGCAAAACAACCCGCGAGCUUGCGCCUCGAUUCGCAGGGAUCGGAAGCGCACGCUCGUCGCCGAGUUUGGGGGCAAGCCACGCURCGGAUUGGAUCGGAAUCGGAAUUUCUCUCACCGCGUCGUUUGCGUUUUCUCUCUCUCUUCGCUACAGAUAGCACUCCCACUCCGCGUUCUGGUUCCUAUACUCUACAAUGCCUCGCGGUUGAUUUAUCUGUGGUCCUGGGCGACCUCGACCGCCGCUACAACCACCGCGGUGUCCAGGGUUGGGCGGUGCCUCGGCAUUGCUAAUUUUGCGUACUGGGGCAUCAACCUCUUUGCCUUUUUGAUACCGAUCGCWUCGAUCCGUUACAUGCGGGCCCAUUUCUUUGGAGUGGAAGCGGAAGAGGUGACCACCCGGCCCGGACUGGAAGAAACCGUGGGGAUUGUCCCAAACAACAUUCUCCUACAAUGACGACGGGACCGCUUGCUAAAGCUUCCGUUUCGUUUUUUCGGUUCGUGCCGCACCCUGCCGUGCGUGGGAUGAACAUCAUCCUUCGGGAUUGGCGGCAUUCUGGGUGGUGCGUGCAACAGAUUGUGCGCAUUUCUGGUAAAAUGGUUUGGCAAACAUAGCUAGUACAGUAAUUGCUUUUCUCCAUYGUCAACACAUUGAAGCUACUAAAACCAACCGAAAGAUGUAUGGGGUGUCUCGACUCGAUAUUGAAUUCUCAUCAUGUAAUUUUUAGCUUAUAGUUUUGU